AUGCCUCCUCGUGCUAUUAACAGCCCCAAGAAGAAGAGGUCGAAGCGCAAAGGCUCAGAUGCUUCAACUGGCAGGGCAGGUGUACCCAAAAAAUCUCGUCAGGCUACGGACCUCACCGAAACACUCAGCGUACCACUUGUUUCCCUUGGCCUUGCUGAAGUUGAAGAUGGUGCUCCACGACGUUCUGGCCGCCCCAAUGCAGGGACCGGAGGUAGGAACAGCCAGCUAGAAAAGAUUGGUGCAGUCCUUGAGUCUCAGUCUCGAAGUCGUCCUCCCAAGGGCUCCACGUCCCUCAGUCCUAAUAUCCCAGUGAACCCUCAGGCUCCGGAACCAGCUCGUAAAGGACGGAAGGGUUGUUCAAAGGUCAGGCAUGCGGUUCCUCCGCCUUAUAGUUCACUCACGGUUACCAAUGGUCCUGCGAGCAUUGAUAACACAGGUCCUGGUCUUUCAAUGCACCAACCUGGCGGAAGGUUUGGUUUCGUUGCUCCUCCUAGUGCUGGCCGUAGUCUUCACGAGGCUAACAAUCCACAUGUCGCUGUUGGCUCGAAGGCUGUCAAGAAGCGUGCUACGAAAGUAGCUCGUGAUCCAAACCCACGCAAUAUCAUACCGCCACUCACCACCUUCGUGGAACAAAACUUGGAUCCGGCCCUUUUCGAGGAGGACAACAAUGUCAGGCGUCAACCUAUACUGCGAGAAUCCCAGCUAUUGAACAGUGGACCCAAAGUCAGCAGCACCAACGACAGCGAUGACGAAGACGAGGACGAGGACGAGGACGAGGACGAGGAUGGAGACGAGGAUGAGGACGAGGAUGGGGAUGAGGACGAGGAUGGGGAGAGGGAAGAGGACGAGGAUGAGUCAGACGAGGAUGAGCACACCAAUGAGAAUGGGUACCAACGUCACAAUGGCCAUCCAGGCUUCUCAAACGAAUCGCUACUUUCGCAGCCUCGAGUCAUUCGUCAUCUCUCACCUGAAUUCGAUUUUCAGUACUCCCGCGAUGAGGAUGAUGCGGCUGCUCAGACGAGCCUCAAUAAAAACACUGUAGCAAACUCUCAAUCCUCGACCGUCCACCAGAACAGUGACUCCCAGGAGUGCAACGGCAACAACAGACACAAUGUUCUGAGUGAUCGUUUGCAUACCUCGAAGCCUAGCGACGUAUUGGAGUCCCACCACAAGAAAAAUGGCCAGCCCCGCCUUCCCGACCCUGAAACUCUUGAGCUGCUUCAUCAAGUAGCCGAGCACGCUGAUGACCAACAGGCUCCCCGGAGAAACAGAAAGAUGAAACGGUCAGAAGACGGGCCCAAACCUACUCUAUUAGCUUGGUAUGGGCCGCGCUGGAAAAGCUUCCUUGAGCACACCAAGGGAGAAUGUCGUGUGGAACACGCACUUGACGAUCCGUUCCCGAGUUUUGUUGGUGAUCUUCCAGGGUCAGUAACUGAAGUUCUCAUCGCAACUUUAGUCAUUUGGGACAAGGAAGGAAAACAAUUCGAAGCUGGGGUUUGGCCGGAGCAAAAGUGUAACAUGGCUCGAUUGUUAUAUGACGAUCUUUCGACCUGGCGAUCAGAACUCAAGAAAACUGCCAUAGGCUUAGCACCUCUUGCAUACUCACUUGUUCCCCCCGCAUCAGUCCCCGCUCAAGAACGUGCAACGUGGGUCCAGAAUGCUGCUUCGCAAUUACUUUCGGAAUCCGAGUUUUUACGGUUUGGAUUGGAUGCAUUGGGCAAAACAAGGAAUUUCGCUCAUCCUGGCCUUCGUGACGCAGUUAUUGGAUUCUUUUACACAGGGCCGUAUCGAAUUGCCCGGAAGAGGCCAGAUAUCUUUCGCAAGCAAUUGCCCAUCUCAUGUUUGGCUUUGGUUUCCGCUGCGUACAAUUGUGUCCUCGACGGUCUCGUCAAAAACGGUCACGGCAAAUCUUAUCCCAAGUUCUCCGCCAAGGAAUACGGCCCGAUAUACCGCCAGAUGGUCAGAAUGAUCGAUCAAAUUCUUCAACAUCCAUAUCACGGUCCCAGGGCCGCAUGUCUAAAACUUGAUGGCACUGAGGAGACCAAACACACCCAUCUACAAAUCGUCCUCGACUAA